AUGGAUUCUUCGAGUACUGGAGAUUCCAGUAUUUUACCAGUGGAUCCUGUGACGAAUUGUUCCCCAGGAGAAAUUCCUAAUACCCCAUCCGAAGAUGUUCUGAACAUGGACACCCUCUCAAAUGAUCAUAAAAACAAUCGGUUGAUCGAAGCAGACGUUCGAACAUCGGAGUCAGACUCACCCAAUUCAAACUCAACAAAUUCGGAGUUGUUGUCUGGUAAAAAUUUAACUUUCUCGCCAGAACAUGUAGCGUGUGUGUGCGAAGCUCUUCAACAGAAAGGAGACAUCGAGAGGCUUGGUCGGUUUCUUUGGUCUCUUCCUCCAAGUGAACUUCUUAGGGGGAGUGAGGCUGUGCUCAAAGCUAGGGCCACGGUGGCAUUCCAUCGCGGAGGCUAUAGGGAGCUGUAUGCAAUUCUGGAAAGUCACAAAUUCGAUGAAAGCAACCAUGCUUUUCUUCAGCAACUGUGGUAUAAAGCACAUUACAUGGAGGCGCAGAAAAUUCGAGGAAGGCCGUUAGGAGCGGUUGAUAAGUAUCGUUUACGACGGAAGUACCCAUUACCCAAAACAAUUUGGGACGGGGAGGAAACUAUAUACUGUUUUAAAGAGAAAUCGCGACAAUCUUUGAAGGACUGCUACAAAAACAACAGAUACCCUACCCCAGACGAAAAAAGGAAUUUAGCCAAGAAAACGGGCUUGACUUUGACUCAAGUCAGCAAUUGGUUCAAAAACCGUAGACAACGAGACAGAACGCCUCAUCAAAACCCAGGGAAAGAAAUGCUAGAAGAAAGCAUGAUGCAUACGUUUGGGCACCAUCAAGCACACCAUCAUCAGCAUCUCCAUCACCAACACCACCAACAGCAAAUGUGUAACAACGGUCAAAUGAUGAUUCCACACGAUUAUGGUAGCGAUCUCGCUAUGUCCGCCAAAAUGCUAGAUGCGCGCCUACCUGAUGACGUCAGAGUUAACCUGUCUUUUGUCAAAAACGAACCCCUGGCUCCGUCAUAUCUUCGUCCUCCACCAUUCGAUCAUUCUCAUCACAGGUUUCCGCAUACCAUUCCUCCCGUCUGAGAACGCUCGACGCGCCAUCUGGCGUUACAGUGACACUUUCCCCCUCUCUAUAGACAGCGAUGCGUCGUAAACUGGUAGGUUUUGUCGUGUCAUGUUAUAUGAUACUCGGGAUCUACUGAUAAUUCUUGCCUUCUUUAACUUUAUCAUGAUGAUAAUAAUUACGAUUCGGUGAUGGUCGGACAAUAUGACUGCAUUCCAAUUUAUUGAGGGCAUAUUACCGACAAUUGUCUGCGUUUUCGACAUUCAUUACAGUUUUAUUUUUCAGUGCUGAAUUGUACUCUUAUGACAUUGCAUGUUUCGUUGUACACUGAUCAUAGUGUUAAAUCGACACAUCUUCAUUUUUUGAUAUUUUCUUUUUUUAAUGAUCGAUUUUUAGGUUGGUUUUGAGCAUACGUGUUUUCUGAACAAUGACUAGAAAAGCAAAUCGCCUAUUGUUGUAGGGGAUGAGCUUAUAUAUAGACGUUGUAUCUCUCACCUAGAAGGAAAAUUAAUGUUGUCAUAGUUACAAGACAAUAUUUUUCUUGUAUGGUUUAUACCUUUGUACAACAAAAGGUUUGAAGACAUGUAAAAAUUUCAGUCCUAAGCAAAAUCAAGAUCUGCAAUUGUUUAAUGAAAACUAUUUUAUAUUUUACAUGUUGAGAACAUAAACCUUACCGUAAAUUGAGGCAGCACCCAGUUAACAUUUCAUGCAGGAAUAUUGUUUUAAAAUUAGCAAGGUGUAAAUAUAAAACAUUGGGAAUGUACCAGCUUUUUCUCGGGUACAUAUACAUACGCUACUUCAACAGGUUCAGCAACAAAUGGAAUGAUUAGUCACAGAGUUUGCUGGUUAUAUAUUAUGUAUACAGACCUGAAAAAAUUAUAUUUAGAUUCAGAAACGAGCAUAGCCAAUUUUAUUUCGUAAAUUAAAAAAAUCAAAAUUAAAUUAAAAUUGAAAAACAUUCAAAUACGAAAUAAAAUUUACAUAGGUUUUUUUUUCCUUAAGUUAUGUCGAUCUUGGCGCGCUUUUAUUCAUAAGUUCAUCAAAAUAGCAUCUCGAUAACUGAACUUAAAUACAAAUUAUUUUCGUUACCAUAGUUCAUUUUUAAAUGAAGAAAUGGAUAUAUAUAUAUAUAUAUAUAUAUAUAUAUAUAUAUAUAUAUAUAUAUAUAUCACAAAGUCGAUUGAUAAUACUCGACUAGUUACUUUAAUUCUACAGGUGCAUACUCCUGAGGGAUGGGAAAAAAAACUAGUCGAGUAUACUCAAUCGGAUUUGUGAUAUUUCUAUGUGUAGAUAUAUAAAAGAUUUUGUAAGUUCAAAAUGUUGUUUAUUCUGGGGUAUAUGUGAGUAUUUACAUUGUCCAUGCAUCCUUGGAAGAACCGCGUUUUUCACUCUGUGUGUGUCAGGUAUCCCGGUGUUUGGAGUCCAUCAGACUCUGAAUUCUCUAUUUUGUGGCUUUUUACUUAAGAAUACAAGUAUUUGUAUCGGAACUCUUUUGUUGUAUGGGGAAAUGAUUUUGACAUGUGUACAAACACGGUGAAGGUUUUGAUGAUUUCGGAAGACACCACAACUUGUAAUGGUUGAUUUCGAAAGUGCAGAAUUUUAACUUCUGGUAAGUCUGACAAACAGUAAUUAUAUUAUCUUCUUGUGACAAUCGAUGUAAACUUGUAUAUUUAUUUUGAUUUUGUUCAAAUAUUUUCAUUAAAUGAACAACUAUCAAA